AGCGGCGGCUCAGAGAGCUGGAGCCGCGACAGCCCUCCAGCGCGCCCAGGACCCGCCGACAGCCAGAGAGACCGACCGAAGGACGCGGGGCCGGGUCGCCGCUGCCACCACGGGGCGCUCCCUCCCGCCCGCCGAGUCCGGCCACCUGGUCUUCCUUUCGGCCCCGGCCGCCUCAGAUUCAACAAAAUGAGACCAGGAGGCUUUUGGCUGCAUCUCACACUGCUUGGAGCCUCCCUGCCUGCUGCGCUAGGAUGGAUGAACCCGGGAGCCAGCGGAGGAUGGAACGUGGGUGUGGGAGAGUCCCCGGCAGAGGAAUCCAGAAGCCUUGAAGUCACAAGAAGAGAAGGACUUUCCAGCCAUGACGAGCUGCCGGCCUCCUGCGGGAAGAAGUUGUGCAGCCGCGGAAGCAGGUGUAUGCUCAGCAGGGAGACGGGGGAGCCCGAGUGCCGAUGCCUGGAGGCCUGCCGGCCCAGCUACGUGCCUGUGUGCGGCUCAGACGGGAGGGUUUACGAAAACCACUGUGAGCUCCACCGGGCUGCCUGCCUGCUGGGGAAGAAGAUCGUCAUGGUCCGCAGCAAGGACUGCUUCCUUAAAGGUGACCCGUGCACCAUGGCCGACUAUGCCCGCCUGAAGAAGGUCCUUCUGGCACUGCAGAGCCGCCUGCAGCCACUCCUUGAAGGGGACAGCAGACAAGACCCCGCCUCCCAGAAGCGCCUCCUGGUAGAAUCUCUGUUCAAGGACUUCGAUGCAGAUGGAGAUGGCCACCUUGGCAGCUCUGAGCUGGCCCAGCACGCACUGAAGGAGCAGGACCUGGAGGAGGACUUCCUGGGGUGCUCGCCGGGCGACCUCCUCCGAUUUGAUGACUACAACAAAGACGGCCUCCUGACCCUUCAUGAGUUCUACACAGCCUUCCAGGUGGUGCAGCUCAGCCUCGCCCCCGAGGAGCAGGUCAGUGUGGCCACAGUGACCGUGGGACUCAGCACGGUGCUGACCUGCGCCAUCCGUGGAGACCUGCGGCCACCCAUCGUCUGGAGGCGCAACGGGCUGGCCCUGAACUUCCUGGAUUUGGAAGACAUCAAUGACUUCGGAGAGGACGACUCCCUCUACAUCACCAAGGUGACCACCAUCCACAUGGGCAAUUACACCUGCCAUGCGUCCGGCCACGAGCAGCUGUUCCAGACCCACGUCCUUCAGGUGAAUGUGCCACCCGUCAUCCGCGUCUAUCCAGAGACCCAGGCACAGGAGCCCGGGGUGGCGGCCAGCCUGAGAUGUCACGCAGAGGGCAUUCCUAUGCCCAGAAUCACUUGGCUAAAAAAUGGCAUGGAUGUCUCAACCCAGAUGUCAAAACAGCUCUCCCUUUUAGCCAAUGGGAGCGAGCUCCACAUCGGCAGUGUUCGGUAUGAAGACACAGGGGCAUAUACCUGCAUUGCCAAAAAUGAAGUCGGUGUGGAUGAAGAUAUUUCCUCCCUCUUCAUUGAAGACUCAGCUAGAAAGACCCUUGCAAACAUUCUAUGGCGAGAAGAAGGCCUCAGUGUGGGAAACAUGUUCUACGUCUUCUCUGAUGAUGGCAUAAUCGUCCUGCACCCGGUGGACUGUGAGAUCCAGAGGCACCUCAAGCCCACGGAGAAGAUCUUCAUGAGCUACGAAGAAAUAUGUCCUCCAAAGGACGAGGACGCCUCCCAGCCCUGCCAGUGGGCAUCAGCAGUGAACGUCAGGCACCGCUACAUCUACGUGGCCCAGCCCACAGUGAGCAGAGUCCUCGUGGUCGACGUGCAGGCUCAGAAAGUCCUACAGUCUAUAGGUGUCGAUCCUCUGCCGGCUAAGCUGUCCUAUGACAAAUCACAUGACCAAGUGUGGGUCCUGAGCUGGGGGAAUGUGCACAAGUCCCAGCCAAGCCUUCAGGUGAUCACAGAGGCCAGCACUGGCCAGGGCCAGCGCCUCAUCCGCACACCCUUUGCCGGAGUGGACGACUUCUUCAUUCCCCCAACAAACCUCAUCAUCAACCAUAUCAGGUUCGGCUUCAUCUUCAACAAGUCUGACCCUGCCAUCCACAAAGUCGACCUGGAAACACUGAUGCCCCUCAAGACCAUCAAGCUGCAGAGCCAUGGCUGCCUGCCACAGGCCAUGGCCCACACCCACCUGGGUGGCUACUUCUUCGUCCAGUGCCGGCAGGACAGCUCUUCUGAGGCCCCCCCACAGCUGCUGAUCGAUAGCGUCACAGACGCGGUGGUCGGACCCAAUGGCCAGGUCACUGGCACCCCGCACACAUCCCCGGAUGGGCGCUUUGUAGUCAGCGCCGCCCCAGGCAGCCCCCAGCUGCACGUGCAGGAGAUCUCACUGCGGGGGGAGAUCCAGACCCUCUACGACCUGAAAGUGAGCCCGGGUGUCUCAGAUGUGGCCUUCCAGCGCUCCUUUACCCAGGGAGACCAGUACCAGGUCUACGCCACACUUGAGACAGAGCCAGACCUGCUGUUCCUGGAGCUGUCCACGGGCAAGACGGGCGUGCUGAAGGGCCUGAAGGAGCCCGCGCCCACAGGGCCAGCCCAGGCCUGGGCAGGGCCCCGCAGGAUCGUGAGGGACAGUGGGCUGUUUGGGCAGUACCUCCUCACGCCCGCCCGGGAGUCGCUGUUCCUCAUCAACGGGAGACAGAACGCACUGCGGUGCGAGGUGGCGGGCGUGAAGGGGGGGACCACGGUGGUGUGGGUGGGCGAGGUAUGAAGCAGUCCCGAGCAGGCACCCUGUACAUUUUUACAGACAAAAGCAAAAAACCUGUAUUCGCUUUGUGGUUCAACACUGGUCUCCUUGCAAGUUUCCUAGUAUAAGGUAUGCGCUGCUAACGAGAUCGGGUGGGUUUUAGGAUGUAGGAUUUCUGCCUUGAGCUGCGAUGAGAACCUGCUGCCAUGUAAAGGAAUCAUUCGUGCGCCCAGCUACGCGUCACGUUACCUGGGCUGCCCUGGAACCAGGAGCUCCAGCUUUCCAGGCGGAUGCUUCUGUCAGUUGCCUUUGCAUCCUCAUUCUUUAACACCAGGUCUGUCCAGACUUCACCCUGCUGGAGUGGCCGCCUGAAGCCGGGGGCUCCCAGGAGCAGGGCCCUCCCUCCUGGCCCGAGAGCCUCAUCCACUCUCGCUCUGGACCUCAUUUUCUCCUUUGCAGCUGCUUCUCGCUUUUCUUUCCAUUUGACUUGUUGGAAGCCUGAGGGAGAGCCAACAAGACUUAUUGCAUCUUGGGGAUGGGGAAAUCAUUCACUUUAUUUUGGAAAUUUUGAUUAAAAACUAAUUUUUUAUAAUCUCAAAUGCUAGUAAGCAGAAAGAUGCUCUCCCAGGUCCAGCUGUAUUCUUCCCUGCCUUAGGCCACGUCUCUGAGAGGCGCCACCCCACACCCAACAGCCAGAAAGAAGAUGGUGGCCAUCAAGGGGACUGGGGUCCUCUACAUUACGGACACCCCCAAGUGCAGAUCAGACCACCACACUGGUAAAGGCUCUGUUCUGGGAUGGGACCCCAAGAGACCAAGACAAACCCUGUGUGCCUGCUUAUCACCACUCAAGGGGGACAUGUAUUAGCCUGUCCAGUACCCCAGAUUCAGGGCUGACCAGGUUUGUCUGGAAAUGUGCCUGUAGAACAAUGGCCUCCAGGCUCAAUGCAGAAACCAUGACCUGCCCCCCAAGGAUUCAAGUGGGGUCCAGGCGGGUUCCUUAGGCUACCCCUUUAAAACCCCACUGUCUUCUGCCUGUGGCCCUCGCACUGAGCUCGCACCCAAGUCCCUGCAUCCAAACAGCACAGACAGCACAUUUCAGUGUUCCUUACACACGGGUCCCCAUCUCCCCAGGAACACACAAGGAUGUGGGAGGCCACUGCCACAGUACUCCCAAAUGUGGUGGGCUCUCCAGGGCAAUCAAAGAAGUACAACCCAACAGCCCUCUGACAACCCCGUAUCAAAGAAUCUCAGCAAGGAAGAGGCUCCCUUGGGCUCUCAAAACACCUUUCUUCUUCUCGUGCACGUCGGCGGGUUUGAAUGGUCAUUUUUCAAGCCACCUGAAGUCAGAAGGGGUGUGGUUCCAUCACAGACACAUCAGUUUAGAUGCCUUCUCCUGCCAACAUGGCCAUGAUUUUCCUGGGUUGCUGAGAAAUGGCCUCUUUCAGAGAAAGAGAGACAUAGACUCUGUCUCACUGGAAAUACAGCAUUUCAGUCCCACCUAACUGCCCAACCCAGCCCCCUCACAGAGCUCCUGGUGUCAGCCAGUCCUCUGGUAUGUCUCAUGCAUCUUAGUCCACCAUACUCUUGUCCCCAGAAACUCCCGGGAGUGUGCCUAAACAUUUACAUUCACAGAUUUUUUAAGAUAAAAUAUGUAGAUAUUUGAGGAAACUGACCUCAAAACCUAAUUAUUUAGUUUUACAAUAACUGGGAUGGAUGGAAAACACAUCUCACCUUUUUUAAAUUAUUAUUCCUGCUUCAAUCUCUUGACACAUUUACUUGCAUGUCUGUCACUGAAAUUUUCCAACUUUCACAAGUUUCUUCCUUUGGGAAGACCUUCUGAGUUGUGGCAGCCCCUGGAAGGAAAAGAAAGUCUCUGAGUCUACAUGAAGGAGGACCCACCAACUGCCAGGCCAGAGCACCAGCCCCUCUGUGCUACAGGGAUCCUGAGUAAGAGACCAGUCCAGCUGCAACUGGCCUUUUUCACUGGGAGUGACUUCAGCGGCAACUAUUCCUUUUCCACUAUUCCUUCCACUUUCAAGUGUGGAAAGCUUAUCAGCCUCUCAUUGUCAUCACUAUGUAGUUACAAAGCUGGAGAUAGCCAGUUUAGGUCUUGCUGCCAGCAUUUCAGAUACAAUUAAAUAGGAGAAGGGAAUCACAGCCCUGAAAAUUGUGAAAUAUGCAAAUUCACAAAGGCAGGAAAGCCCAUGUUUUUUCAGCAGUGCAGCCAACUGAAAGGCUGACCAGGACUCCACCUGCCUCUUCCUCCCACACUUCAGCCCCAGCGGAAUUUCAUGGAACACAGUCUGAAAGCCACUGGGAUAUGAAGUCAUCACAACAGCCAAGAUCCUUCUCAUGAACAUGAAUCAUCAGCUAUCUACUAAUACUUAUAUUAAAGGAAUAUUUGUUUUACCAAGAGUCACCCCAAAAGUCACUCACAUAAUGAACUAUUUCAAAUUACUGGUUUUUUAAAUAAAAUUCA